UAUAGGCCUAUGCUUUCAGGUUUCAUGAUAAUCGUCAUUAUUUCAUUAUAUGGUUUCAAGUCAGGUCUAGUGUUUGACAGUAUCUGCACCUAUAUCAUUACCAUGCCUAUUCUCACUAUCAAAACGAACGUCAAGGCGUCCGAGGUACCGGAAGGGUUUCAUGAAGAGACGACGACCCUACUUGCACAGGUCUUAAAGAAGCCAGUAGAGAACAUUUUCGUCAUCCUGGAAACCGAUGUUAACAUGACUUUUGGAGGCAAGCGCACCCUGUGUGCCGUGCUUACACUUGGGAGUGUGGGGAUGUUCUCACCGUCACAUACCCCCGCGGAGGAGAUCACCAAGGGUCUUGGACCACAUAUCCGCUCGAAACUAGGGAUCGAGAAAGACAGAUAUUUCAUCUUGUAUGACGAUCGAAAGAUUGAAUCCAUUGGCAUGAAUGUGUAAUACCGUAACAGAAACGUUCAGUGAAUCUGAUCUUGGACUAUUACAACUAUCUCCAAUCAGACCGGAGGAUAUGCCAGCGUCAAUCAAUCGAUCUAUCAGCUAUCGCUAAGCCCCCAACCAAAUGCCUAUACCAUGUACACGAACAAUUGCAUGUACAUUGUACACAUACAAUAGAAAUUUAUAUGAAUAUUGCCUUUUCGUCGGUUCUGUGAUGCAGUUAAUUAGGGGCUGGGCGAUCGCUGUGAUUCUUGGAUCUUCACACGACCGUGAUCUGCUCUACACAUUGUGACAUUAGUGGACAAAUUUGGACAUAACACUGUUAAACAGAUAAUGGGUGAGGGAAAUAAGCACUAACAGUUGAGGAGACAAACUUGGUUUUGGUAUUGAAGUGAUGUUUUCAUCUAGUCAUGUCUUAUUCAGCGAGUCAUUGCAUUAAAAAUUCAGAGAAAAUUUGAAAAAAGUGGCUUUGACCAAAUUAUUUUUCAUUCUCGGUAAUAUGUUUGGACAUUUUACAUUUAGAACAAAUCACAAUCCACUUAGAAUGUGUUUAAAUGCCAUAUAAUUUUAUCUUUAAAUGCACAAUCAUUAUACAUGUUGCUGGAAUUGAACAUGCAUUAAAAUCAAUUAUUAAGCAUACAGCAGUGUUUUUAAUUUAAUUUAUUUUACUUUGAUAGGUAAACCAUGAUCAGCGUGUCAUUAUAUACAUGUAGAGUAAAUCAAGAAUCAUGCAUAGAUUAGUAUAUGACAGACAUAUCAUCACUAUUGUCAGUUUUUCAUGACUGAAACUACGGCGUUUCAAAAGAUCUUUUGGAGUGGGGCGUCAGAAGGUGCGUUGGUGCGUGGAACGAGGCAUAUAACUUGUGUACAUCAUGUAUAAAUACAUAUUUAUCUCUGUUCUCAAAAUAGACUAUAUGCAUGUAAGUAAGUUGUGAAUAAAAUUGUCCUCGUACAAUUUUAUAGAACAAGCCUGUGCGAUAUUUCUAUCAGUUCUGCGCGGCACCAUGCCCGUUUUGACUAUUAAGACGAACGUUGAGGCUUCCAAAAUCCCAGAGGGAUUCAAGGAGGAGACUGUUGCCCUUCUUUCAGAGAUCUUGAAGGAGGCACAAGAGGGCGUAUUCGUCAUUGUUGAUUUCAACCCCGAUACAACCUUUGGUGGUGAGCACAACCCAUGCGCGCUCUGUGCUCUAGAGAGUGUAGGGAUGUUUCAGACAUCGCAUGUCCCACCAGAAGAAAUCGAGAGAGUCCUGGGCCCUCACCUCUGCUCUAAACUAGGACUUGAAAUGGAUAGGAUGUCCAUCUUGUAUAAUGGCCGACUUUUAGAAUCCAAUGGGAAGAAUAAUCACAAAUUCAGCGGAAAUUUUGGAGUUUCCUAAAACUCGUACAGGCGGCAACGGAUGUGGAACCAGAUGGGACAUUUUCUCGUUGAUUAGUGACGACUCGUGACAGCAAAGAUAUUGGAACUACGCACACUCUUAAAACUUGUUAGUAAAAACAACUAAUCUGGUUGUUGCUAUUACACCAACAGUGAGGUUAUUAAAAAAGUAGUGAAAGUAACGAAAAAGUUGUGCAAAAUAACUAUUUAUAUGGUUAAGAAUUACCUUUUGAAAAUUAAAACACCUAAAUUCACAGACGGUGCAACAGCAACUACCAGAGUAGUAAAACGUUACUAUAAAAUAGUUAUUUUUACUAACUAUUUUUUUGAAGUGACUGGAAACUGGGUUGACUGAGUUCGCGUCGCCAUGGCAUCUCGCCAACGUGGAUGAAUUAACGCAAAAAAACUUCUUGUGACGUUGACGUGAUCUGACGUUGACGAUCGAACACGAAUAGGUUUCACACGCAACAGGUUUCCCACUCAAUAGGUUGCUUGGUUGGUGUGACUUUAUUGUCCUCAGUUACCGUACUGCACUGAAACACUCGGUAUACAUUUCUAUUAAUUAGCCGCUAAAUUACAAAAAUCGGACAUUUUUUAUGAACUCUCUGAAGCCAUCAUCAGCUUCAUAACGCUUUUAAAUUCAAUGUAGUCUAUGUGUCCGUCAUUAUUGUGAUCAUUUUCUUUGAAAACGCCGUCGAUUUGCUCUGAAAAGAUACAAAAAUGUGUCACGGUUGCUUUGUUCCAUACAUUUACAGUAAAACUGAAAAUGAUAAUGAUUA